AUGGAAUCCAUUGUCCUCAACAACCCCAGUCAAUGGCCAACCUGGUAUAAGGUUUUCCAGGGUAAAGCCACCGACUUGGACGUCUGGGAGCAAGUGGAUCCCGGCGCCGAAAACCCCGAGAAGCGGAUGCCGAAGCCGGAGCCUCCGGCCUUCUCCGACUACAAGAAGAAAGGUAUACCGCGACAUACCCGCGGAUCAAUCAUCGAGGUGUCACAGACACCAGAUAUCGAAGAAGUUCGAUCGAACGAGACGGCUAGAAGCCUCCAAGACCUUGUCAAGGAGGACCGUGAGGAGUAUGUACAGCUCCGGAGCGACUACAACCAUGAUAUCCGUAUCUACGAGCGUGAAGCGGCUGCUCUACGAGAGCUCCGCAACUGGGUCCUAUCGACAGCAGCCGAGAAAGCGCCGCGCGUGAGGAGUACGAGAAGACCGUCAAGCAAGCGGCUACCUACGAAGGCCGAGAUCGAGAACUGGCUCGAGCAAUGGGAGGCCGCAAUGUUGAAGGGACAAGAGGUCAACCUUGCCCAGACAAGGGACUUCAGCGAGUGGAGCGAGGACUUCCUAAAGGUCAUUGCGAAGACCGCUAUUUCUGCGUUCCACGCCACGUUCGAGGCGAAGUUCCACGAGUCGGACAACCCCUCGAUCAGCGAGAUCUCUGCGGAAGUACGACGAUAUAUACGAAUCCACGCAGAUACCCUAUCGACAGGACCAAGAGCCUCAAGAGGUGCCUUUGCCACAACAAGAGAAGGACCCAAGGAGACCAUGCCUCGGAGUACAACCAAGAAGCGACAUAGGGCCGCCGAUUCGCGGACCCAAAACGAGAUGCCAACGUGUCACGGAUGUGAUCUGCCACGACACCUACUUGCCAACUGCUUCUACUGCUUCCCAGAGGAAGCGUAUGAAGGAUGGAGGCCCAGCAACGACAUCAUGAAGAAGGUUACUGAGCGUCUUAAGGCCGAUGACGACCUUGCGGACCGCGUGAAGAAGAUCCGUGAACAACGCGAGAAGGAAGCGAAGCAGACCUGA